CAGUCUCUCCCCGGCUCGGUCUCUCUGCAUAGGCAAUCACAGCUCCUACUCGCAGACCCAACUCUCCCUCUUGCACUGAUUGUAAUUAAUUUUCUGCCUGAAUGUAGGUUGCUGACAAGCGAGAACACGAGUUUCUUUCAGAUCCAGUGUUGUUGUUUUUCCUAUUGUUAUUUUUAAUUUUUACCCCCUUCAUGGUCGUUGCAUUCCUUUGGAGAAGCAAAUCGCGUUGGAUUCCAAAAAGGAAAGUAAGGACCUUGUGUGAAUAAUCCCGGCUGCAUGAUACCCUGAGAGGAUUUCCUGAAAGAAUCUGGCUGUGUUAAAAAGACCGUUAUGCUUCUGCAGCUUUUCCAGUGUUAAGGAAAAACUUGUGCUAUAACUGAAAUGACAAUAUGCUGCUUCCUAUGAGGGGAUUCUGAAGGCUUCUCAAAAACACAGCACAGUGAGGAUUCAUGGAGAAUGAGAAGAAAGGGAAGCAAGCAACAUUAAAACAGAAAAGUGAGAUAGAGCCUACUGAUGUCUAUUUUUUAACUCCAACUUAGGUGGCAAUGCAGUUGGAUAUAUUUAACACCUUUACCUAAAGGUGUUAAAAGUAUAAUUUCAGUGCAGGAAGUCAAACUAUUUGUAGAAAUGUCUUAGAACUGAAAAUUAUUAUUUGAGUCCGAAGAUGGAAGCAAUACGUCCACCUUUCCACUAUAACUUCUGCACCUGAUCAAAGUAUUGUUACAAUGAACAUGAAAUUAAUAUGCUGCAUCUUACCUGAAGACAUGACUUCCAGAUCCAAGGUUAAUAUCCAGUUUCAAUAAAUACUAAUAUUUCAUCUGUCAAAACCAGUGGAUCUGCAUCAUCUGCGCCAUAAUUCACCACCUGCAGAUUGGAAACUACAGACACUGAACAACUCUAAUGUCAGUAGCAGACCUACUGCUGGCUGUGUUAAACAAAUUCACAGCCUUGGGCACCACAGCUGUAGUGGGUUUACGUGGCAAGGUUUUUGUAGCAGGGGGCCAUAGGGGUCAAUCUGUGCAUAUUUUGCAGAAAGUUCUACUUCCCCUUACUCCAUUGUGUAUUGAGAACUUGUCUUUGCUUUCAUGUAGAUGAUAUAAAAUGCAGCAGGAAGACAUUUCAAUAAUUACAUUAUUGAUAGAGAUAUAUUUGGCUUGGGAGACUCCAACCAACCAAUCAGUGACUACGUACUUGACUGAGAUGCAAUGCUCUAUCUGAUGAAUGCUGUCCUGAAGUACUGCGCUGAACCAUCUGCUCUAAAUUUUGGGCUGACUGAGUGGGCUAGACUUGACUGGAAGGAGUCAUUUUGCUGGGGAAGUAGAGUAACUGUAGAUCUGUCCCCACUCUACUGGCUGGGAGAAGCUGUGUGUUGCCAGGAGUAAGCCAACACUCAAGUCUGGGAUGGUCCCUGGGGACAAACGUUCCUUUGUUUCUUCAGAUGUUGGAAUUUGUCUACAGUCAGUCAACUGAGGCACACAUUAGCUUUUGUUUUUUCACUGCCUGAACAAGAUUACACUUUUGCCUCACUUCAUCUACUUUUGCCUGCUUUUUUAUUUUAUUAUUUUCGUUUUCUUUGAUUCCUUUUUCUCCUGGUUGUGGAAGAAAAGAGCACUGCUGAUGUUCAUUUAAAUAAUGUCGAAACCAAUGGGACUUCUAUGGCUGCCUUUGAUCUUCACCCCAGUGUGUGUCAUGUUGAAUUCUAACUUCCUCCUGUGGAUAACUGCACUGGCUAUAAGAUUUACUCUCAUUGAUGGUCAAGCACAAUACCCAGUGGUUACCACGAAUUAUGGCAAAAUACGUGGUUUAAGAACACCUCUGCCCAAUGAGAUCCUUGGUCCAGUGGAACAGUAUCUGGGUGUUCCUUAUGCCUCUCCUCCAACUGGAGAAAGGCGAUUUCAACCUCCAGAACCUCCAUCAUCUUGGACGGGUGUCCGAAAUGCCACACAGUUUGCUGCUGUUUGCCCACAGUACCUGGAUGAGAGGUCACUGCUCAACGACAUGCUGCCAGUCUGGUUUACAGCCAAUCUGGAUACUGUGGUGACAUAUGUUCAAGAUCAAAAUGAAGACUGCCUGUAUUUGAAUAUCUAUGUACCCACAGAGGAUGGAGCCAACACAAAGAAAAGCGCAGAUGAUAUAACCAGUAAUGAUCGUGGUGAAGAUGAAGACAUUCAUGAUCAGAACAGCAAGAAACCAGUUAUGGUCUAUAUCCAUGGUGGAUCUUACAUGGAGGGUACUGGCAACAUGAUUGAUGGGAGCAUUCUUGCAAGUUAUGGAAAUGUCAUUGUUGUCACCCUCAAUUACAGGCUGGGGGUUUUAGGUUUUUUAAGUACUGGGGACCAAGCUGCAAAAGGUAAUUACGGAUUGCUUGACCAAAUCCAAGCUUUACGUUGGAUUGAAGAAAAUAUUGGAUCUUUUGGAGGAGACCCAAAAAGAGUUACUAUUUUUGGAUCUGGGGCAGGAGCUUCCUGUGUCAGUCUUCUGACACUCUCUCACUAUUCAGAAGGUUUGUUCCAAAAGGCAAUCAUACAGAGUGGAACAGCCCUGUCCAGCUGGGCAGUGAACUACCAGCCUGCCAAGUACACCAGGAUAUUGGCAGAUAAAGUCGGCUGUGACAUGCUGGAUACCACUGAUUUGGUUGAAUGCCUUCGAAAUAAGAAUUACAAAGAACUCAUUCAACAGACCAUCACUCCAGCCACGUACCACAUUGCCUUUGGGCCUGUGAUAGAUGGAGAUGUGAUUCCAGAUGACCCCCAGAUUCUCAUGGAGCAAGGAGAAUUCCUUAACUAUGAUAUAAUGCUGGGUGUGAAUCAAGGAGAAGGUUUAAAAUUUGUGGAUGGCAUAGUAGACAAUGAAGAUGGUGUUUCCCCCAAUGAUUUUGACUUUUCUGUCUCCAAUUUUGUGGACAAUCUAUAUGGUUAUCCAGAAGGGAAAGAUACACUGCGAGAGACCAUUAAAUUCAUGUACACCGAUUGGGCAGACAAAGAAAACCCUGAAACAAGACGGAAGACCCUGGUAGCUCUUUUUACUGACCACCAGUGGGUUGCUCCUGCCGUUGCCACUGCUGACCUUCAUGCCCAGUAUGGAUCUCCGACAUAUUUCUAUGCAUUUUAUCACCACUGCCAAAGUGAAAUGAAACCAAGCUGGGCUGAUUCAGCUCAUGGUGAUGAAGUCCCUUAUGUGUUUGGCAUUCCUAUGAUUGGCCCAACAGAACUGUUCAAUUGCAAUUUUUCCAAGAAUGAUGUUAUGCUCAGUGCAGUAGUUAUGACAUAUUGGACGAACUUCGCCAAAACUGGAGAUCCAAACCAGCCUGUUCCACAAGACACAAAGUUCAUCCACACAAAACCCAACCGCUUUGAAGAAGUAGCCUGGUCCAAAUACAAUCCUAAAGAUCAGCUUUAUCUCCAUAUUGGCCUGAAACCCCGAGUUCGUGAUCACUACCGAGCAACAAAAGUUGCUUUUUGGUUGGAGCUUGUUCCACACCUUCACAACCUGAAUGAAAUAUUUCAAUAUGUUUCCACAACAACUAAAGUCCCCCCUCCUGACAUGACAUCAUUUCCUUAUGUUACCCGACGUUCUCCUGGUAAAUUGUGGCCAGCUACCAAACGCCCAGCAAUGACACCUGCCAACAACCCCAAACAUUCCAAAGACACCCAUAAAACAGCUCCUGAGGAUACAACAGUUCUGAUAGAAAACAAGCGAGAUUACUCCACAGAGUUGAGUGUCACCAUUGCUGUGGGGGCGUCCUUGCUGUUCCUCAAUAUUUUAGCUUUUGCUGCAUUAUAUUACAAGAAGGACAAGCGGCGUCACGAGACUCACAGGCGCCCUAGUCCCCAGAGGAACACAACCAAUGAUAUUGCGCACAUACAAAAUGAAGAGAUCAUGUCCUUGCAGAUGAAACAGCUGGAACAUGACCAUGAGUGUGAAUCACUGCAGGCCCAUGACACGCUGAGACUAACCUGCCCACCUGACUACACACUCACUUUGAGAAGGUCCCCAGAUGACAUCCCACUCAUGACUCCCAACACCAUAACCAUGAUCCCAAAUACAUUAACAGGAAUGCAGCCUUUGCAUACUUUCAACACGUUCAGUGGAGGACAAAACAGUACGAAUUUGCCCCAUGGACAUUCGACCACUAGGGUAUAGCUCAGCCCUUCCACUAUACCCUCACAAGCCACCUGGAAGAAAGAAAAUAA